GAGCGCGCGAGAGGACGGGAGGAUGCCCCGUGAGUAAGUGACACCAAGUGACACCCAGUGCAGGCAGGUUAUUUCGCCGGAGUGAAAUCCAUUGGUAAACAUGCAGCCGCGGCAUUACCAUCGUGAGUGACCGUCGUGAUUACGCCCGAUUAUAAUGGCAGAGAACCUGUCGAAACGGCCUUCCAAAGGAAUCCUCAAGACGUCCAGCAGUUUUGACAAUCCGGAGGCGCCUAGACCGAGCAAAGAAACAACAUGGGACGAGAUGAAUAUUAUUGCUACUCUUCAUCCUGCUGAUAAGGACUAUGGCCACAUGAAGAUUGAAGAACCAAAAACCCCAUAUAAUUUCGAAGGCCUCCAAAAUGAACAUGAGUUUGAUCAAUUAGACGCUAGUGCUCUUGCAGCAAAGUUAGCUGGAGGUAGUAAGCCCAAAAUUUUUGAGGAAUCCAGUGAAGAGGAGGAAGACGAAGAAACUCCUGAAGAAAAAGAAAGGAGAAGAGCUUUCGAGGCAAAAAGAAAGGGCCAUUAUCGAGAGUGGCAUGCUGUACAAAUGGCGAGACGACUUUUAGAGCAAGAAGAAUUAGAAGAGGAAGAUGAAGAUGGCGAGGGUAAAAAUAAUGAGGAAAAUUCAUCAGAGGAAGAAAGCAAUUUUGACACGCGUUUCAAAUGCAUGCCGUCCUGUGAUAGAACCGAAAAGAAAUAAACGAAAAACAUCGAUUGAUAAUUUUCUUAAAUCGUCGAUCACAGUCAUAAUUUCAAUUUGACUUCACUGUUUAAUGCUAUCGCGAUUAAAAUAUAUCAAGCAGCAAAGAAAGUGUUUACAUCAAUUACAUUAAAAUGCCCAAGCUAAAUUUCGCAUUUUAAUUAUGUAUAUAUAGCUCUUUCAACUCCAUCUUUAUAGCUCUUUAGCUCCAUCUUCUGUAAAUAAACAUUUUAAAAUGAACUUGAAUGUUUAGCAUAAACCGCUGUUAGAUUUUCCAAGAUUAGAUAAAGUUAUAACAACAUUAUAGAGUAUUUAAAAAUACUAGUAAGUUAUGCACAGAAAAAUUCAUUUUUAAUGAUUUAUUUUAGUUUCCAUACAUUAUAAAAAUUUCAAUUAUUGCUUCGUAUAAACUUUUCUCGUUCUUUCGCGAAUGUAUUAUUCCAGGCCUAUCGACAUUAUUUCAACACAGCGUUCCUGUAAAAUUUAAUGUUUUU